UGAAAUAUAAAAUCUGAAGUCCCCGCGUGUUGCUGUUGCUAGGCAGAUUAUGUUAAUAUAUGCAGCGCGGCCAUCUCUGCAGCUACCAUUCUGAGGGAAGACUAGGUUGGAGGAUUAGGUUAAAAUAUCAGAAAGUGGAGAGAAAUCGACCCGCAACGCGAAUCUCAGCUUGGAGGUUAUCUCUCUGUGCUGUGCUCCAGUUUACUGCACCCCCUGGAUGCUUGUCGGUGGUCCAUGAGGAGACUAUAGGUGUGGGGGGCAAUUUUGGGUUGUCCUCCAAAAAUCUGCCAUGGAGGCAAAACAGGAAUCUUCCCCUGUGUGGAGUCAAACCACAAACAGUGAGACCAGCAAUCCCCCACAGGUUCAUUUUGAGGGUGGUGCAGUGGCUCAGAUUGUGUACAGUGGAGACCAGCCGGACCGAGGGCAGCAGCAGGUUGUCUACACCGCAGAUGGAAACUCUUACACAUCGGUGGAGUCGGCCGAGCACACAUUGGUGUACAUACACCCUGCAGAUGGAGCACAGGCUGUGUUUGCAGACCAACCUCAAGUGGCUUAUAUUCAGCAGGAUGGCACAACUCAGCAGGUCACAGUGCUGCUGCCCAGUGGGCAGAACAUGAAUGCUGCCAAUCUGCAUGUGCUCAGUAAUGUAGCAGAUGCCCCUCAGGCUAUACUGGAGCCUGUGACACAGGCCAGUGCUGCUCUCACUACCAUGGCGGACCCUGCGACCAGUCCUCUUGGUGCCACAGACUCCACUGUGGACUCAGAGGAUGAAGAUGAGGAGGAUGAUGAUGACGAUGAUAGAGACGAUUCUGAAAUGGAAGAUUGGGAACCGAGGCCGCCUCAACCUUUUACUCCUCAACAUCUGUGGUGUGAGGAGUGUAAUAAUGCCAACUCUGGUCCGUGUCUGAAGCACGGUCCUCUCCACCCCAUCACUAACAGGCCGGUGGUGUCCAGAGCGCGGGCCAGUCUACCCCUCAUUCUGUACGUCGACCACUUCAUGGGUGGAGUUUUCUCUAAAAGGCGGAUUCCCAAACGCACCCAGUUCGGGCCUGUAGAGGGACCACUGGUACCACAGAGCGAGUUGCAGGACAGAAAAUUCCAGCUCAAAUUAUGCAUGUUAGAUCCAGAGAAGGAUGGUGCGAGGGCGGAGGACUUGUGGUUGGAUCUGUCUGAUGAGGAUCGCUGUAACUGGAUGAUGUUUGUUCGGCCUGCUGAGAACCAUCUGGAGCAGAACCUGGUGGCGUAUCAGUACGGCUCUGACAUCUUCUACACCACCAUCAAGAACAUCCAGCCCAAGCAGGAGCUGAAGGUCUGGUAUGCUGCGUCUUAUGCUGAGUUUGUCAAUAAGAAGAUCCAUGAUGUGACUGAAGAGGAGAGGAAAGCACUGCGGGAGCAGGAGAAGAACUGGCCAUGUUAUGAGUGUAACCGCCGCUUUAUGAGCUCUGAGCAGCUCCAACAGCAUCUCAACAUGCACGACGACAAGUUGGACCUCAUCCAAAGGCCGAAGGGGCGUGGUCGAGGACGUGGAAGGAAAAGGUUUGGUGCUGGAAGGCGACCCGGUCGGCGGCCCAAAUUUAUUCGUUUAGAGACCCCAACAGAGAGCUCAGAUAAAACCCAGGACAUUCUGCCCUUCUCUGAUAAACUCCCAUACGAGGAGCCGGUGGAUGGGGCCCUGAACGGGCUGAAGGUGGGUGAGCUAGCAGACGAUGCCGUAGAGGCAGAGCCUGAGGGUGCAGCAGAGACGCAGGUGGUCCAGCCUGACGUUCUACAAGAAGUGGAUGGAACCGACAAAUCAACAAUGACCUCUAGUGCUCCUCUGCCCCCCAAGGAGGAACAGUCAGCAGGCGAUACCCACCUCUCCCCGCAGGACAUACGACGUGCCCGCAGGAUACGGAAUGCCGCUCUGCAGCACCUCUUUAUUAGAAAGUCCUUCCGACCCUUCAAGUGCUCCCAGUGUGGGAAGGCGUUCCGCGAGAAGGACAAACUAGACCAGCACAUGCGGUACCACGGCCGGGACGGCUGCCGGCACGCCUGCCACCACUGUAAUAAGGGCUUCCUCAGCAGCUCAGCUCUGGAGGACCACCUGCAGCUGCACUCUGACCAGCGCACCUACUCCUGCCUGUUCUGCACCGAGUCCUACGACCGGCUGGACCUGCUGAAGGAGCACGUCGGGGUUCACCUGAUCAACGGCUGCUUCUCCUGUCCGUCCUGCAAAAAGACCUUCACUGACUUCAUACAGGUAAAGAAACAUGUGCGCAGCUUCCACUCAGAGAAGAUCUUCCAGUGCACAGAGUGUGAUAAAGCCUUCUGCCGACCGGACAAGUUGCGACUGCACAUGCUCCGCCACUCCGACCAAAAGGACUUCCUGUGUUCUACCUGUGGCAAGCAGUUCAAGAGGAAGGAUAAACUGCGGGAACACAUGCAGCGCAUGCACAACCCAGAGCGCGAGGCCAAAAAGGCCGACCGAAUCCACCGCACUAAAGCUCUGAAGCAGAAGGAGCCCACCACCGACUUCGAGAGCUUCAUGUUCAAGUGCCGAUUGUGCAUGAUGGGAUUUAGACGGAGAGGCAUGCUGGUAAAUCACCUGUCAAAGCGGCAUCCAGAGAUGCGAAUAGAGGAAGUGCCUGAGCUCACGCUGCCCAUUAUUAAACCCAACAGGGAUUAUUUCUGUCAGUACUGUGAUAAGGUUUACAAGAGUGCAAGUAAGAGGAAAGCACACAUUCUUAAGAACCACCCCGGAGCAGAACUUCCUCCCAGCAUCCGCAAGCUCCGCCCAGCCGGGCCGGGAGAGCCGGACCCCAUGCUGAGCACACACACCCAGCUCACGGGCACUAUCGCUACAGCACCCGUCUGCUGCCCUCACUGUGCCAAGCAGUACAGCAGUAAGACAAAGAUGGUGCAGCACAUCCGUAAGAAGCAUCCAGAAUACGCCCAGUUAGCCAACAGCAUCCAGGCUCCUCUGGCCACAGCGGUCAUCAGCAGCGCUCCUGCCGUCAUCACCACUGAUGGCACUACAGCUGAGGCUGUCGUGACGACAGACCUGCUGACCCAGGCAAUGACUGAGCUGUCUCAGACCCUGACCACAGACUACCGGACGGUGCAGGGAGAUUUCCAGAGGAUCCAGUACAUCCCUGUUUCCCAGGCUGGUGGUAACCUGGCACAGCCUCAGCACAUCCAGUUGCAGGUGGUGCAGGUGGCACCGGCCUCUUCCCCUCAGUCCCAGCACUCUACUGUGGAUAUGACUCAGCUGCAGGACCCCCACGGCUUCACCCAGCACUCCAUUCAGGUCCAGCACAUCCAGGUUUCUGAAGCUACAGGAGGGGUGCAGACCAGCGCACAGGUGACGAGUCAACCUUUAAGCCCCUCCUCUCAACAAACGGCACAGGACUUAAGCCCCGCCCAGCUAACCCCUGUCACUCUGGCCCAGAGCCAGUCCCUACAGACAUCCACAAAUCAGACGCAAGGAACGGUGCAGCACGCGUAUUUACCCAGCAACUGGAACUAUCGCAGCUAUCCUUCUGAGAUCCAGAUGAUGACUCUUCCUCAUGCUCAGUAUGUGUUAGCGGAAGCGAGUACACCUGUCACUGCAGCCGUGAACAGCAACCAGGUCAAAACGACACACUAUGUGAUCUCUGAGGGACAGACUGAGAUGGAUGGUAAACAGGUUAAUGCCCCGCCCACAACCAGCCAGGUACAUACUGAUCCACUGGAGCAGUCAUCCAGCAGUCAGCAGGCCACCACCCAGUACAUCAUUACCACUACCAACGGAGCCGGCACCAGCGAGGUCCACAUCACUAAACCCUGAGCCCAGGGGCUUCAUAACACACAGACCCGACUGGACUCAACCCGACUCAGAGCUGGACUGGCCUGGGAAUAGACUUCCCUGAUCAGGCUGGUGGACGUGCUGGCUGCCAAAGUCUGCUGAAGUGUGAGAGAGAAAAAGAAAGAAUUGUGAUUUUUAUUUUCAUGGACUAAAAAGACUUAACUUCUUAUUUAUUAAGAAACAAUCAGAAACAUUGGACAGUUGCGUCAGAAAUGUGGAGUCACUCCUUACACAAAGCCUGAAUCAUUUGUGAUAAAUGAUCCCUGUUCAACCGUUGCUUGUAAGUUUUAACACUUACUGAACAUUAUAGAUUUAUUGGAAGCUUUUUGUAUCUGCCGGAAACUUCUGAAAUCUGCAGACAACACUGAAAACCCAGAAAACUUUUUUUUUUUUUUUUUAAAUCACAGUCUGAAAAUUUUCCAGAAUAAAAAGGACAGAUUCUGUGAUCUUAAUUCAACAUUUAAUUUAUGAGAAGCUUUGCGUUUCUGAUGAUUAUAAACUAACACUGCUUAAUUGGAUCUACUUGGAACUGGAUCAGUUUUAUCUGUGGAGGUGAAAUGAUGUUUAAAGCUAAAUGAAAUCAGUAAAAUGUAUAACCAGUUUACAGUGGAUAAGAAAUCUGAAUAUUAAUGACUGAGGUGGGAGUAGCUACUUGAUUUAUGAUUUUCCAUCACCUCCAAAAACACAAUACAGGAAAAAAUACAUUUAUUUCUCAGUAUACAUAGAAAUGUACACGGGACAAUAUGACAAAAUUUUAUCAGGUCAUGUUGUCAUUAUACAUUAUAUUUUUUUUACGCACGUUGAGUCUAUUACCAGUGGUUGAAGAACACUGACCCGAAUGUACCUUGUUACAGAGAGCAUAAAUAGUCCAGUUUAAUUGGAUAAGUUGCAAUAUAUUUUGAAUAAAAAUCACUGUACUUAGUAUGGGAAAGUAAUUAGUGUUUUCUAAGGAUCCGUUACCAUGCAGACUGUGAUCACAUGUAUUGCGAUUAAUAUUGCGCAUUGUGAAAUUGUCUUUAAAUAUCAUCAUAUGAUCAUUUUACCAUAUUGCCCAGCCCUAAACAUUAGCUGAGGUUAUGUUGACGGCCUGUUUUAUAGAAGAUAAAACUGAGGAGUGCACAAUCGGUUAAAAAGACGUGAUGAUGUGAUAUAAUUAGACAAGAUUUAAAUGAAUGAGAAACUAAUAUGUGUAAUAUCUAAUAAUGUGUAAUAAUCACAUUAUUCACCUCCCCAUGUAAAACUAACCCUGUCCCAACAGUGCUUUACUCUAACUAGAGCACUGAGCUAAAGUGUGAGUUGUGUGUGUGUGUGUAAUGCGGCGCUGGUUCACUGAUGAUGUGUUACUGGUAGAUACUUCUCCAGCUGGUCUGGAAUUGAGUGGGAUUUGCACAUUAGCACAGACUAACCUGAGCUCGAUCAUAAACUAAGAGUAGUUUAACCCAUCCCUAUAAUGAGUCUGAUGGUUCUCAUCGGUUGACAUUUCUGUUUAAAGUACUGUUUUUGUCUGAUAAACAUGUUCUAUUGAUCAGACAGUGUCAGUCUGACCCCCUCCUCGCUGUUUCAGUUUGGACGUUUGUUAUUUAUUUGGGAUUAGUGCUCAGCUAAAUCUGUGUUAGAUAAAAAAGGGAAACUAAAGGUCAUUAUUUAUACAGGGAGGCGUGUACAGUGUAUAAAAGAGUAGCUGUAUUAUUCUGAAUAUUACUAUUAACUGGGUUUAUAGUGUGUGUACAGUAAGUGUCCUGAUGUCGAUAGUGCUGGGAGAAAAUAAACACCUUUUUAUA